GAUGAGCGGUGCAUGACUCCAUUGGUUAUUCUGGCAUCCUUUAUGCCCCCUGCUGCUAUUCCUACAUUCAGCUGUGGCGUGGUUUCCAGACUCAGAAAUAUUGACAGUGGAGCUAACCAAGGCAAAUAUUCUAUCCUGAUCGACUGCCUGUGCCGCUGGGGUCAAGUGGGGCACAUUAUGGAAGUAGCCUGCGAUUGGCUGUCUGACUCGCUCACCCCAACAAAGAAUACUAAAACAUCUGAGCGUCGAGUACGUAUCCACGUAACACAAGAAUCAAAGCCAGACUUAGCAAUUGACUACAUUGAGUAUUUAUUGACUCAUCCUGUCAAUCGUGGUUGCCUCCUUUCUGUUCCUAAAAAGAAACUGAAGAACCUUUUGAAAAUUCUUGGUGCUGCAAAGCGGGUUCUUGGCUCAGUUCUGAAAGGAACAGAUUCUGGUGUCUGGAAUCAAGCAACCAGCCUAAGAGCCUUCAGUCUCUUUUGCAGAUUGAGUAUUCAUCUUCAGCACAAGUUUUCUGAAGAAGGAGAAGAUUACCUUUCACUUCUGAAGGAGACAGGCGCUUGGAUAGAAAGUCAAGUUGUACCUUUUAUACUAGCAAGUGAUCAAGAGAAUGGCAUUUCAAAACACAGUGAUGUUUCUGAAUUAAUUAUCCAGGCCUACCUGACAGUGUGUAAAGAUGUCAUAAUGGUGGGUCUGGGAAAUGUCACGUUUCAAGCACACCUUUUAGAAAUGACUCUUCUGAUUAUGCAAACAGAGAGAGGUGGCUUUUGUGCUCCAGUGUUGCUGUGUACUCUAAAAGAAAUUAUUGAAGCUUCUUUAAAUCAGAAUACUGAGACAGAGGAAGUGACAAACCUUUUCCACACUCUACAGAACGUCUUUCAGAAAAUUUUAGAAUGUGUGGCACAUAGACUUAAGAAAGAACAGGAAGAAGGGAUUCAGUUGAUUCACUCUAUUCAGAUGCCUCUCGGAGAAUUUAUCCAUUCACUGCAGUGCUGGCAUUCUUUGUUCCCAGCAGUUCACCAGAGUGUACUCUCCACUCUCUUGGCUUCAAUAGUAGCAGAGAUAAAUUGUGUGCUACAGAAGGCUUCCAGUGAAGAAGACUUGACUAUGCCAAAGACUAUUUCAGACCUUCCCCCUCUUUCAAGCAGUUUAAUGGCUGUAAUUUUGAAGUCAGUUAAUGUUAUCAGGUCAAUUUUAAAUGAAUUAAUGGAGUGCAUUCACUCUGAAGGAAUUGAAGGGAUUUUUAGUCUAACAGCUACUGUCUGCAUUGUGAAUAUAAUUAAAGGUGGUAAGCACAAAACUUCACUUCUAAAGGAUAUUGCACCUGCCAUUCAAAGGAAAUUGAUUGUAUGCAAGGAUGCUGCCACAGGAGAAUUCAGCAGUACUGAAAGAUUCCUGUAUGAAUCAUCUCUGAAAAUUUUGGAUGAGUUUUUGAAUCCUUGAGCACGCAGAAGCUUUUGUCAUGAAAACUGAAGGAAGAUGUAUUGCUUUUUAAAAAACUUACAUUGUAAACUUGUGAAUUGUUUAAGAUUGUUUUCUGUUAUUCUGUACAUUUAAAGCAAGCAAAAUGUAUAAAAGUGUAUA